AGAAGCUCAUAAUUUUACAGUAAAAAAUGGAGUUGUGUUCAAAAUUCAGAAGUGCCCAGGUUAUUGCUUCUGUUUUGAGCCUUCUGAUAUGGGAAAUUCUGAGUUUACAAGCUGGGGCUGGCGGCCAGAUCUCUUAUUCUGCAAUAGAAUGCCGUAAACACACUGCCUUAUUGACUGAUUUCGGAGGCGUUGGCGACGGAAAAACUUCCAAUACGAAGGCGUUUAAUUCAGCCAUUGCCAAUCUAAGUCAAUUCGCCUCAGACGGCGGGGCUCAGCUUAUUGUGCCGCCGGGAAAAUGGCUAACGGGCAGUUUUAAUCUCACCAGUCAUUUCACUCUUUAUAUUCAUCAGGGUGCUGUUCUUCUUGCGUCCCAAGAUGAAUCUGAAUGGCCUCAUCUUGCUGUGUUGCCGUCUUAUGGGAGAGGAAGGGAUGCGCCUGGCGGACGGUUCAGCAGUCUCAUUUUUGGCACAAAUUUAACUGAUGUUGUUAUUACUGGUGGCAAUGGUACAAUAGAUGGGCAAGGUGAAAUUUGGUGGCAAAAAUUCCGUGGGGAAAAAUUAAAUGACACUCGUCCCUAUCUUAUUGAAAUCAUGUACUCCAAAAAUAUUCAAAUCUCCAACAUAACAUUACUCAAUUCUCCUUCAUGGAAUGUCCACCCUAUAUAUUCCAGUGAUAUAUUGGUUCAAGGCCUCACAAUUCUGGCACCAAUAGACUCUCCUAACACAGAUGGAAUAAACCCAGAUUCAUGUACAAACACCAGGAUUGAAGAUUGUUACAUAGUCUCAGGAGAUGACUGCAUUGCAGUGAAAAGUGGGUGGGAUCAAUAUGGAACCAAAUUCGGAAUGCCAACACAACAUUUGGUCAUCCGAAGGCUAACCUGUAUUUCACCGGAUAGCGCAACGAUUGCACUGGGGAGUGAGAUGUCUGGGGGAAUUCGAGAUGUUCGAGCAGAAGAUAUUACAGCAAUUGACACUCAAUCGGGUGUGCGAAUUAAGACUGCGGUUGGGAGAGGAGGUUAUGUGAAGGAUAUAUUUGUAAGGAGGAUGAUUAUGAAGACUAUGAAGUAUGUUUUUUGGAUGACAGGUUCUUAUGGGUCACAUCCGGACCCAGGCUAUGACCCGAAAGCACUGCCGGAAAUUACAGGGAUAAAUUACAGAGACAUGGUUGCUGAAAAUGUAACUUAUUCAGCAAGACUUGAAGGAAUUCAAAAUCACCCUUUUACUGGAAUUUGCAUUUCUAAUGUAACAAUUGGGUUGACAGAAAAACCAAAAAAACUUCAAUGGAAUUGCACUGAUGUUCAAGGAGUAACAAGCCGGGUAAUGCCACCGGCUUGCGAUUUAUUGCCGGAGAAAAAGAAGCAAACCGAUUGCUUUUUCCCUGAAGAUAAACUGCCCAUUGAUAAUGUUCAAUUGAAGACUUGUUAUGUAAGACACUAGAGUUUUUUGUUCUUUUAUUAAGGCUUGUUUUCUGAAUAAGUAGAGCAUUUACUGCAUAUGGUGUUGAAAAUAGUCUCAAAAUUUAACUUCUUCCAGAAUUUUAUGACCAAAUUUUGAGCUCAAAUUUGAUAGAGAUUACUGCUAUUUUCACCUUCA